UGGUUCCCAUACGAGUCGCGAACGAUGUUCUUACUUGAUCUUCUGGAUAGUUUGCCACGUAUCCGGCUCUCUGAUACAUCGAUGAGGCUGGUGUUGUGGGUUAUGAAGGAGUGCAGCGCACGCGAUGUGCCCAGCCUCAACGCGCUUCGCCAAGCUCAGGAGCGUGUCUCAAAACAGACUGCUGUCUCCUCACUCGAGUACAAGUCAGCAAAGGGCAACAUUUUCUAUGUACUUGAUCCACGAGAGAUUGUUAGUAUUGAUUGGUCGACCCCGAAGACUCGUAGCUUCAUCCAUGUGUACCCUGAGGUCCCAGAUGGACCAAUCACCGAUUUCUGGCACACUGGGAAGAUGCACGCCGGCUACGACCUUGAUAUGCUGACCCCCAUGUGGGUAUCCGACACGCACAACGGGAGACACUACUACACAAAAGAGUUUGCCCAGCUUCACGAUGGAACAUUCGUGAUUCCAGUUCGAUGGGUUGUGAUGAAGGGGCAGAUGUCUGUUGAUGUUUUUGAGGUUGAUACCGAGGGCAGCUUCCCGAGUGUGAUGGUGAUUAUCGUCGCCAAAACAUCUGUCAUCUGCUCUAAUAAUCCUUUCUUAGAUUCGGUUCUACAGUGUGACCAGAUCAAGACGUUCCUGCAUCAUCACCCUCACCUACCCAAUCCUCUUCGCUUGCUGGCCGGGGGCGACCCCUUGUACUCGAGCUUUGUGGACUACUGGGGUGAUGACGUGUCUGGGAACCGAUCAAAAUCCUUCAACAAACACAACAAUGCGUAUAUAACCCACCGGAACUUACCUCGAAAGUUACUACAGCAAGAAUAUCAUGUCCACUUCGUUUCAACAUCUCAACAUGCCUCGAUAACUGAGCAAUUCAUGGCUUUCAAAGCCAUUGCGGAGUCCACUCACACUGAGCCCGUCCGGGUUCACGACGCAAAAACUGGAGGGCAUGCGAAGCUGCGUAUAUUUGCCAACAGCAACCCUGCCGACAACCCCAUGCAGAGUGAGAUGAGCUCUCAUAUUGGCGGCGCAGGGAACUGCAAAUGUCGAAAAUGUAAAGUGGGAGGAACAAAGAGGGAGAAAGAGGGACUCGAGGUCUAUCAUUCACUCUUUGAGGGAGGUGAACCUCGCACCGCACAAGAUACUCUGCGCGAAGUCUGGAUACAGCUUGAGAAAGCAUGUGAAGGUGUGAUGCUACCGGUCAAGGAAAGGCAGACGGAAACUGGCGUGAAAGAUGCGUACGCCCAGCACUGGGUAGAGCAACUUAUAGCUAGGUUCAAGCAGAUGCACGCCGAGGACCCGGCCCGAUCUCGUGAAUCAAUCGUGCAAGAGCUGAAGGUUUGGCUCCAUGAGCACGCCCAUGAUGUAUUGAAUCCGUUUCUUACGAUGCCAGGGCUUGACGUGAAUCGUGAUACUCCGAUUGAACUCCUCCACACCGUACUGCUUGGCCUUCUGAAGUAUACAUGGCACUGGUGUCACCCAACUUGGAAGGACGACCAGAAGAAGUACUUCUCCCUUCGCCUGGCGUCGACCGACACAAACGGUCUUUCCAUCCCAGCUAUACGAGCGGAUUAUAUCAUGCAAUAUGCUGGUUCGCUCAUUGGCCGGCAGUUCAAGAUCCUUGGGCAAACGGCGAGCUUCCACACAUACGACAUUUGCCCGUCGAAGCUUCAUUAUGAUCUUUGGAAGGCUUCCGGCGAGCUGGAUGCACUUCUUUGGUUCCCGGAGAUUGAUGACUUGGACGACUACGUGACGAACAUCACUGUCGCUGCCGGAAACGUAGUCGAUAUCAUUGCGGCUAUAGAUCCUUCCAAGAUCGUUGAGAAGACGAAGCUUCACCUCCUGGCCGCCCACCUUGAAGAGGACAUUCGACGCCAUGGAAACCUUAUCAACGUCAUCACAGAGUCGCAGGAGUCGUUCAACGCCAUAUUCCGGCUCAGCUCGAUUUACUCAAAUCAUCUCGCGCCAAGUCGGGAUAUUGCUCGAAGCCUGUCCCGCAUCGAAGGGAUGAAGCGACGCCUGGGCGGUGGAUACUGGCUUGUGGAGGAAAGUGAAGGCUGCAACUCAUGGGUCUGCUCAGGGCCGGGCGUGCGCGGAUACAUGAAGACUCGACCGAGCAUCCAACGUCACCUUGGAUGGUCU